AUGAAGACUUCUCCUUUGGUGAUUGUUUGUCGCCUAGUCCAAGUAACUGCUGCAAAUUCGACCCUAUGUGCGUGUACGAGAAAGAUGCACCUAAGCAACAUUAGUCAAAAGAAAAGCCCCAAUAUAAAAUAUCUACUCCAUUCUCUACUCUCGGCGGCAAGCAAACAACUUGAAGGAGAAUCGUUGAUGGCAACAACGAGAAAAAUGGAUCCCAUCGCUAACUUCCAUCAUUAUCAACAUAGUUCGAUACCACUCAUCAAUUUGCCCUUCAGGGAUUACGCCUAUUGCAACAUCUACCAGCGGGACAGAAUUGUGUAA